AUGCAAGAAACACGAAAUAUGCAAGAUUGGGAAGUUGGUGUUAAUGAAUGGUACAAAAGGCGUUCUGCAUGGUUGUUGGAUCAUGAUAAACUCACGAAUGAGCAUUCUUCAAAUGAAGUGGUAAUUUCUAAAGAUGUUUAUUUGAACGUCUAUAAAAUGCUUGUGCAUCAAGAACAAAAACUGAAACGACCCGUGAAACUAAGCUCAAUUGUGGGCGUUUUAAAAGCCGGCUGGGUUGAAGAAGGAUUUUGGCCUGCUACUUCCAAGUAA